GCGGAACACUGAGCUCACGUUAUGGAAGCUGUGAGGUGCUCAGUGGAGUGUUGGGCAGAUUUUGGAGACUUGCUUUCUGCUAAAAUAAUCCGCAAAGGAGCAGAUGUGUAUUUAAGCACCGGGACUGAAGAAGUGUUUGUAUUUAGCGGACAAGAGAAAAGAGUACAUACUAUACUGACGUUUAAUUCAGCUGUAAGAUCUCUGGCUGUUAGUGAGGAUCAGCUGUAUGCUCUGUGUGAGGAUGGUGGACUUUACUGCACCCCUGUCUCACAGAACUCCAGUUCCUCCACUGGACAUUGCGAUGACCCUGCCUUAUCCAUGGUCUCCAAAGACUCCAUAAGACUUGUAAUCAAAGAUGAGAAUGUCAGUUCUUUUAUUAUAACAGAGGGAGUACUGGUUACAGUCAGUCUGCAAGACUCUACCUGGAGUUUUAACCUCUAUAAGGAAGCAAGUUGUUCAACCAGAUCCACACUAAUUCAGAAGCUUGCAGGGUUCCCAUUCCCAGCUGUUGCAACAGUUCCAAACAACACAACAGAUGCCAGAGACUGGAUGUUGGACUCACUUCCAACAUUAACAUCUAUCUACCCCAGCUCUUCCUCUAAGGAGCAUAGGAAUAAACAUAAUUACUAUCUCAAUUCUCUCCUUUUUAGACUUUUAUUUGGAGUUGAUGCAGCUCUUGUAAAUUCUCCAGUCAUUUUUUGUGGUUUACCCGAUGGGCGGAUUGUUUUUUUUCCUCUUCUCCUUCCCGCACUUACCACCUCAAGGGGAGAACUCAAGCAACCGAUCAGGAUUCUGUACAGCUUGGAGCAGCCAGUCACAUAUAUUGGCACCUCUGUGAUUGGGGAGCUGGGUCCACAAAGUCUGGUUGUGAUUGGUCAGAGAGGAAGAAUCCUGCUGGUCAGAGCUAAUCAAACAACUUCUGAUGGAAAGCCAGCAGAUUACAAUUUCAUUGAGCAUACAGUGCAGAAUCCUGUUGUGUGUGCCUGUGUCGAUGGUGAACAUCUAUACUACAGUACCUUUACAAACAUGUUCACUCUGUCCCUGAGCAAGAUCUUUACAUCAUCAUCAGACGUCACAACAGUAUCAGAGGCAAAGAGCACCAAACAAGAGAAGCCUUCUGUUUUCCCACAGAAUGCAGUCUGUCUGAAUGUGUGUCGAGUAAUCUCAAUAGCUGAGCCUUCAGUCAGUCAUACAGGCUGUGUGCAGAUGCUGGCAGUGUCUCUCAGUGGAAAACUCCUUCAUGUGUCCCUCCCUCAGGAGCCGGGCAAAGCAUGUUUGUCUAGGCUUUCUUCAUUACAAGCAGGCCAGAAGGUGAAAGACCUCCUGGCUGGCAUUGGAAAUGUCUGGGAAAGAGCAUCAGCAUUGAAACACCAGCUGCAGAUGAAGAAUGACACACUGAAGUGUUUAAACCAAGUCCUUACUAUCUGCCACCUGCUUUUAAACAGUAAGGAUCAAGAGAUCUGCAACGACAAGCCUCUAAUCAGCUGCCAUGGUUUUCCUAAAUGGAAUACUUUGCUUCAGAAAGAUUCAUUAGAACUUACUUGUAUAUUGGAAAACUUGAGUGGAUGUGCUCUGGACCAAGGGUGGACACUUUGCCUUCAAGUGCAGUCUGUCUGUUCUCUCCACACAGGGGGAACAUCUAGAACUUAUUCAUUUACUUUAAAGAAAUUAGACUGUGGCCAAAAAAUAGAAGUGACUGUACCUCUCGAUAGUGAUGGUGACAUUUUUCUACCAGUUCAGAUCCAGUGCUUGCUGGUCUACUCGCUACAAUCUUUAUUUAACCCAGAGAAAUCCAGAACAUUCUGUGCUAAUGAUGUCCCACUGUCUCAGCUUCUCACAGACACUAGUUGCAUCAGUCUGCCUCUGAGUUCUUUAACACUGGACUGGCUGGAUGCUUUAAGGAUAGUAGACCCCGGUUCACAAAGUGGAGGUAUUCCCAAACAGAUAAGCUCUUGGGAAGCCACCUACAUGCUUCUCAGUUCCAGACAGAUUCACACAGAAGCUGUACCCAAUACAGCCCCCUACACGGUAGCAAUUAACAUAUCGUCAGAUCUCCUGAGAAGCAGACUCAACAUCCAGAACUGCAGCAGUGCGGUGCUGUGCAUCUCUGUGCUGAAAUGGCUGGUGUGUGGAACUUCUAAGGAGGAUGGACAAAAGCUAGUACAGAGUCCAGUGGUGUGUGUCUAUGGGCCAGACGGACACGCGGUCAGACUGCUGACCAAAGAGGUCAUACUGAGUGACUUCAGUGCUCAAGGGCCUCUGCCUGUGAUUGAGGUUCAAGUGGAAAGUUCAUCCAUGGCAGCCGUGUGUGGAUUACAUCACGCUGUGCUACAGCGUGCACAGGUGCUUCUUAAAGAUGCUGGUGAAAAAUGUGAGAGUUCUGCACAGCUGAGAUGUCAGCGCUUAUGUGAGGCUGUUUGGCAUCUUGAGUCUGUUUUUAAGGAUCUGCAGGACUGCCAUGAACCAGCUGCUUUUGAUGGAGGGAUGAAACCAACAAGAGCACCCGAGUCACUGUUUCAGCUCUACUUGCAACUGAGACAGAAUCCACUGGUUAUAAUCUAACAGAUCACACUGGUGUACAUUGAUUUAAAACAUGAUUCCAAGUAUUUUAACAACUGGUUAACUGGUUAAUUAUUCACUUAAACACUGUUUAACGUUUUGAAUCAAAACAUCGACUUUCAAAAAUACUGUGAUGUUUACACCUGAUCAAUUUGUCUGAAUUGCAUCCUAAUACAAUUGUAGCUUCAUGUGUUUAGCACUUCUUCAGUUUAGGUCUUCAUGUUGAAUAACAAUGGUUUGUAAUUCUGCAUAAUACAUAAUAAUUGUUUUUCAACACCACAAGUAUAAAGAUGUGAAACAUUGAUUAAAAGUUUAUUUACUACUAGCAAGAGACAAGUAUUCAAUGGAAAUCUUGGUAUUUCAAAAAUUAAAUGACUAAA